GAAAGAACCAAAGCCCCCCCCAAAAAAGUUGACACCCCCCCGCCCCCCUCCAUAUCCUCCACGAAUCCCAAUCGAGAUGAGCAUGUACGGCGGUUCCACGUCCAGACUGGCCUCGAUGGGCCAGCGGAGCAACUCCCGGCCGGACUUGUCGUCGUCCAGCUUCAGGAACGAAGUGUUCGUGUCGGGGAACGGCUUCCAAAGUGGGGACUACCAGAUGGGGGACGGCGGCUACACCUACAAAACCACCUACUCCAGGUCGUCCACCCACGGGGGGACCGGGGGCCGCAAAAUGCAAGUGAGCAUGGGCGCCGGCGGCGUCGGAGGAGGAGGAGCGAUAAGUGUGGAAGACAUGCAGGAGAAAGUCAUGCAGCUGAAAGCCAUGAGUCACGAGUACCUGCACAGAGCAAAGAUGAUCCUGCAGAGCGGGGGUCCGCCCGGCGAGGCCGAGAAGAUGCUGAUGAUGGCGGGCGAGCACAUGGAGCUGUUGAGGACGUACGGCGUGGAGUUGCAGCAGAUGCGCAUACCCAACGACGUCUUCGCCAGCGUGAACCAGCUGGAGCACGUGUACGGCGGCGUCCAACAGCAAAUGAUCGGGACCAUGACCAUCAAGCGGGGCACGGCCGGCGGUCUGGGCGCCGCGGAGGGGGGGAGGCACUUCAAAGACGCCAUGGCCUGGAUUGCCCAGCAGAAGCGCAUGAUUCAGACGGCUCCGUGGGGGGAGGACUCGUCCACCAUCGAAAACCAAAUCAUGAGCCACAACAAAUUCCACAGCACUAUUCAAAGGAACCAGGAAGUAGACCGUGCCCGGGACGAACUGGGCAUGAGGGGUGACAAGUCCAACCUUUACAUCAUGGAACAAGAAUGGGACAGUCUACAGAAAAUGUCCCACAACCGAGUGAACCAGCUGCGCGAGCUGCAGGGCAUCAUCGAGGAGAUCUCCCGCGCCAUCAUGUGGGUGAACGAGAAGGAGGAGGAGGAGCUGGUCUUCGACUGGGGGGACAAAAAUAUCGACCAGUACAUCCCCAGGAAACAAGAGAGCUACUCGAAGCUGAUGAAAGAUCUGGAGGAGAAAGAGAAGGAUCUGAACAAACUCAAGCUGAAAGCGGACGGCCUCCUCAGCAACAGCCAUCCGGCCUCCGAUAAGAUUGAAGCCUACAUGGACACCUUGCAGACCCAGUGGAGCUGGCUUCUCCAGAUCACCAAGUGCAUUCACGUUCACUUGAAGGAGAACGCGGCCUACAGCCAAUUUUUCAAGGAGGCCAACGAGACCUACGAGAAGCUGAGAAAGGACCGCGAGAACAUCCAGACCAAGUUCACGUGCAACAAGAACACCCCGCUGGAAAACCUUGUGGAACUCCUGAAAUACCUGGAGAAAGAGAAGGAGCGCAUCAUGGAGAAUAAGAGGCAGGUCCAAAGUCUGGUGAACAAGUCCAAGAGCAUUGUGAGGCUGAAGCCCCGAAACCCCGAGGAGCCGACGACCGCCGGCAACCCGAUCAUGGUCCGGGCCUUGUGCGACUUCAAGCAGGACCAGAAAGGGAUCCUGAAAGGCAACGAGGGCAUCCUGAAAGACAACACGCAGCGCAGCAAGUGGCUCGUGACCGGACCGGGAGGUCUGGACAUGUUGAUCCCUUCCGUGUGUCUGCUGAUCCCACCGCCGAACCCCCUCAGCAUCGGACUCGCGAACAAGAACGAGCAGUUCUACGAGGCCAUCCUGGCCAUCUGGAAUCAGCUCUACAUUAACAUCAAGAGCCUCAUCUCGUGGCAGUACUGCCUGAAAGACAUCAACUACAUCAACUCCCUCACAUUCUCCAUGAUCUCGAAAAUGCGCCCCGAGGAGUACCGCAGCAUCAUCAAAAGACUGGAGACCCACUACCAAGAGUUCCUGCGCACCAGUCAAGGUUGUGACCUUUUCGGGGAAGAGGAGAAACUCAGCAUCCAGAACCACUUUGAUAAAGCCCAGACCCAUUACGACACGCUCGUGAUCCAGCUGACCGGCCCCAAGGAGGAGAGCAAACAGGAGACCAGCAAACCCGCGCCUCCCAAAAUCCAAGCCCUCAGCAUCACGCUGCUCAGCACCCUGCAGGAGCUCCGUCGGAGGCUGGAGCUGGCCGAGUCCGGACUCACGGGCCAUCUGCACGUCUGCGGUGGGGAGAACAGUCUGCAGGAGUGCCUGGUGCACAUUGAAAAGCUGCAGACCGUGCACCAAGAUCUGGACUACAUUCACGACGAGUACCUUCGCCUUCGAGAGAGGAUCCUUAAGCAGCUGGAAGGGAUCCCUCCCGACUCCGAGCAGGCCAAGUUCCUCCGCUCCGAGCUGGAAAUCAUCAGCCAGAAACUGGGAGGUCUGCAGGGUCUCUACUCGGCCUACAUCCAAAGACUUUCGGCGCUCAAGUCCUUGCUGGAGACUCUCCUCCAGGUUGAAGAUGUCGUCAAAGUCCACGAGGCCCGCCUGACGGAGAAAGAGACCACCUCGCUGGACCCGCGAGAACUGGACAACUACCAGAGCGCGCUGAAGCAAAUGAGGAUGGAGCUGGACCACAAAAAAGACCUGCUGACCACGAUGGAGUCGGAGCUGGCCAAAGCGGUCCAGUGGAACGGUCAAGUCUCGGAGACCUUCCACAGGUGCGACGUGGACUUGUCCAAAUACGCCGAGCUGGUGGCUCAGCUGUCCGACCGCUGGCGCCGCAUCCAAACCCAAAUCGACACCCGAUUGCGGGAUUUGGAGAAACACGAGAAGCAGCUGAAAGGCUACCGGCAGAGCAGCACUUCCAUCGAGCAGUGGAUAAACAAUGCCCGGAAGCGGCAGGACGGCCUACAGAACGUCAAGCUGACGAACAUCCAGAUGGUCACGGACUACCUCAACCAGCAGAAGAUACUUCACGGUGAAAUUAAAGGAAGGAAGGACCAAGUGGAAGAUGUGCAGAAAGACGCCGACACCUGCUCGGCCUCCAUUAAGGACUACGAGAUGCAGCUGGCUUCCUACAGUUCCGGCCUGGAAACGCUCCUGAAUAUUCCGAUCAAAAGAACCAUGCUGAAGUCGCCCGCGACGGUUAUCAGACAGGAGGCGUCUGAGCUGCAGUCCCACUACAUUGAGCUCCUGACUCGCUCAGGUGACUAUUAUAAGUUUCUCGGGGAGUUGCUGAAGAACAUGGAAGAGCUGAAGAUCAGGAACACGAAGAUUGAGAUGCUGGAGGAGGAACUCCGACGCCUGAAGGAGCAGCUCGGGGAUAGCGGCGGGAAAAAUAAGGCUCUGGAAGACGCCUUGGCCCGCCUCAAGCUGGAGCUCAGCCAGUCGAAAGAUCAGCUCGUUUCUCUGGAAGAAGUGAAGAGAACCACGUCCAUUCAAGUAUCUGCCGCCAAGGAGAGCCUGGACAGUACCCACGGCCAGAUCCAAGAGCUGACUGACCAGCUCAACCGCAUUAAGUACCAACUGGAGGAAGAAAAGAGGAAAAAACGGCUGGCCGAAGAGCGCUACACCAGCCAGCAAGAAGAAUACGAGGCGGCUGUUCGCCGCAGGCAGAAAGAGCUUGAUGAGGUUAACUGGAUCAAGAUUGACUUGGAAAAGAGCGUCAAGGACAAGGAACGUGAGCUCGAGAGGCUGAAGAUACUGCUGGAGGAGGAGGCGGCCCGUCGCCGCAAUGCCGAGUCAGAUAUUUCAAAGGUAAGAACACAGUGCACCCAGGAGGUCAAUCAGCUUAAGCAAACGUACGAGACCCAGAUCCACGUCACCAAGACCACCGUCCUGAAAGCCUCGCAGCAGCAGGAGGAGGACUCGGCCGAGCUCAGGCGGCAGUACGAGAUGCUCGCCGGAGAGAAGAGAGACCUGGAAGACGAGCUGCGGAGACUCAAACUCUCCAUCGCCCACGCCGAAGAGCAAAAAAACCGAGCGGAGCUAGAGACCAACCAGCAGAGGACGUCGUUGACUCAAGAGACGAGGAUACGAAGUGAGCUGGAGGUGCAGAUCAGAAAGUGCACGCAGCAGAAAGACGAGGAUGACCUCAAACUGAAAGAGGCGGCCAAAAAUAUUCAGGACAAAGGGAGGCAGAUCAGCAUGCUUACACGGGAUCUCGAAGAGGAAGGGAAGAAGAGGAGGGCCUUGGAGUUGGAAAUCAGUUCCCUAAAGCAAUCGCAGGCAGAGCUAAAGGCCAGGAACGCCUCCAGUCUGGAGACCAUCAACAAGCUGAAAGUGUCCGAGAAGGAGAUCCACAUCGCCCGAGUUGAGCUGGAGAAGCAGACCAGCGACCGGAACAAGGCAGAGCAGAGCGCUGUCAGGCUCCAGAGCCGCAUCCGAGAUCUACAAUGCUCUCUGGAUGCCACGGGGGCCGAUCUGGAGAAGCAAAAGAAGGCAACCCAAGAGGAGUUCACGCGCAGAAAGAGACUGGAGUCGGAGCUGGAGAGGGUGACGCAAACGUGCAAAGAGUACACCACCACCAUCACGAGCCUCAAGUCCAUUCAGGUGGAGGCCACAAACUCUGGCAGGAAGCAUGAGCAGGAUCUCCGAGCUCUUCAGGAGGCUCGGGACAAGAGCCUCAGGGAGCACAAACUCACCAAAGAUGAGCUAGCAGCUGCCAUGGCCGAGCUGAAAACGGUCAAACAGAAGCUUCACGGCGAUCAACUCCAGAUCGUGGAGUUCAACCAACGCAACGAAAGCCUGUACAAAACCAUCGAGGACAAAAGCCGCCACCUCAACGAAUGCACCGUCGAAAUAGAACGUCUCAAGACUCAGACGCAGAACCUGACGAAGGAGAGACUGAGGUUGGAGGAGGAGCUGAGAGCCCUUAGACAGGAGAGGGAUGAGCUGAGGCUCAGCAGGGACGCCGUGGAUGGCGAGAACGCAACUCAGAUGGCGGCCUUGCAUGUCCAACUUCAGAGUAGCAACAAGAGGACAGCCGAGCUCCAGGCUCUCGUCAACGACCUGACCAAGGAGAGAGAAAAGCUUAUGGUCGAAAUAGACAAAUUCCAAAAGCAGUCUUUCGAGACAUCCAUCAUGGUGCACGAGUCUCAAAGCAAGCACAGCGAAGUGCUGCUGGAGAGGGACGAAUUGCUUUCCAAACUGAAAUUGCUGGACCAGGACAAACACCGCCUGAAGCGCCUCGAAGAGGAACUGGCCCGGAUCAAACACUCGCUGGAGACCGAGCUCCGCAACAAGCAGCGCUUGGUCGAUGAGAAAAACAGCGUUCUCAAAGAUUUCACUCUUUUGAAGAGCCAGUACGAGCUGAAGGAGAGCCAGCUCAGGCAGUGGGAGUCGGACAGGUCCAAGACAGAUCAGGAUAGGCUGAGUCUCAAGAAGGAGAUCGACAGGUUGAUGAGAGAGCUUCAAAGUGUCGAGGAACGUUACAAGAGCAGGCUGAUGAGCGCCGAGAGGGAGGCGGCGGAGCUUGCUCACAAGAGGGACGCGCUGCAGAGGGAAAUAGAGAGGUUGCAGAGGAGGCCGAGCACGUUGAGUAGACAGACGCAGACGGACAUGAAGAUUGCGACGAUCGACCCCUCCAAACUCGUCUUUGAUGGGGUGCGCCGCAAAGUCACAGCCCACCAGCUGUGCGACUGCGGCAUCAUCAGCAAGGCGACUUUAGAGCUGCUCCUGCAGGGGAAAAAGUCGGUGGACGAGGUCGCCGUGGACAUCCAAGUCAACCUCAAGGGUACGGGCGUCAUCGCUGGGAUGAUCGCAGGUUCUCAAGGGAAAAUGGCCUUCACCGAAGCCAAAAAAAGAAAUCUCCUCAGCCCGGAGAGCGCGCUCAUGCUGUUGGAGGCUCAGGCAGCAACGGGCUACAUAGCAGACCCGGCUUUUAACGACAAGAUGCCCGUGGACACCGCUUGCUCCAGAGGGAUCGUGGACGCAGAAGACAGAGACGCCUUGGUGAAAGCCGAGGCCGCAAGCGUCGGUUUCAAAGAUCCUUACACGGGGAAAGUGCUAUCUGUGGGCCAGGCUUGCAAACAAGGCCGAAUCGACAAGGACACCGCACUCCGCCUGUUGCAGGCUCAAGAGUCUGUCGGAGGGAUCUUGGACCCGGUUCUCAGCGUCUUCCUUCCAAAAGAUUUAGCACUGGAUCGCAACCUUAUUGAUGAGGAGCUCUACAGGGCUUUAAGCCGAAGACCCGCCUGCUACCUGGAUCCGACGACAGGGGAAAACGCGAGCUACGGUGACCUCAGGCGGAAGUGUAGCGUGGAACCUGUCCACGGUUUACUUUUGCUUCACGGACCGGAAAAACCCAUGACAGUAAAGGGUCUCCGUGGACAAGUCUCUGUGACGGAGCUCAUUGAGUCUGAAUUGCUCGACGCAAGCGAUUUGCAAAAGCUCAGAGAAGGGGCGCUCACCAGCAGAGAAAUUGAGGAGAAGCUCAAGUCUUACCUGUACGGAUCGACCUGCAUUGCGGGGAUCUUCGAUGAGGUCAAUGACAGAAUAUGGCCCUUUUAUCAGGCCAUGAAGGAAGGUCUGCUCAUGAGGGGAACCACCUUGGAGCUUCUCGAAGCCCAAGCCGCGUCCGGCUUCAUCGUCGACCCAGUCAACAACGUCUUCUUGACAGUCGACGAGGCCGCGAAGAGAGCCCUGAUCGGAAAAGAAUUCAAGAAUAAAUUGCUCUCCGCCGAAAGGGCCGUGACCGGAUACACCGACCCCGCCACGGGAAAGACCAUCUCCCUUUUCCAGGCCAUCGAGAAAGGGCUUAUUGAGAAAGGCCACGGAAUCCGUCUACUUGAGGCUCAGAUCGCCAGCGGCGGGAUUAUUGACCCAAAAGAGAGCCAUCGUAUCGACGUUUCUGUCGCUUACAAGCGAGGAUAUUUCGAUGAGGAGAUGAAUGAGAUCCUGACCUACGAAGGGGACGACACAAAAGGGUUCUUCGACCCGAACACGAAGGAAAACCUAACGUAUCUUCAGCUCAAGGAGAGGUGCAUCACCGAUCCCAAAACCGGCCUCGUGCUCCUGCCUCUUAAAGACAAGAAGAAAGUCCAGACAUCACAAGAGAGCCGAAGUAAUGUCCUCCGCAAGAGGCGGGUGGUGAUUGUUGACCCGGACACCGGUCUCGAGAUGUCCGUGAGGGAGGCCUAUCACCGCGAGUUAAUCGACUACGACACCUUUCUGGACUUGUCAGAACAGGAGUGCGAGUGGGAAGAAAUUACGAUCAAAGGGUCCGACGGCUCCACCCGCCUGGUCAUAGUGGACAGAAAGACGGGGACCCAGUACGACAUAAAGGACUGCAUGGAGCGCGGUAUUAUCGACCAGAAGUCCCUGGAUCAGUAUCGGGCCGGAACUCUCACCUUGACGCAGUUUGCCGACCACAUUUCCAGCAGAACCAGCGGCAGCGAGAUGACCAUCACAGCCAGCAGCGCCGAGGACGUGAUCACCUGCAGCAGUCCCACCCUGGCCGCGCCGUCCUCUCCGACCGUUCGGAAACGCUUCAACAGUAUCUCCAUCACGCUCUCUCCCCCCGAGCUGUUUGACGACCAGAGCCCGGUGGCAGCCAUAUUCGACACGGAAACUUUGGAAAAGAUAACCGUCCCCGAAGCGCAUCGAAGAGGGAUCGUGGAUACCAUCACCGCGCAGAGGCUCUUGGAGGCCCAGGCGAGCACCGGAGGGAUUAUCAACCCCGCAAACGGUCAGCGAUUAACGCUACAGGACGCCGUCCAUCAGUGCGUCAUUGACGAAGCCAUGGCCAAUAAACUGAAGGCUGCCCAGAAAGCCUAUGUUGGUUUUGAGGACGUGAAGACCAAGAGAAGGAUGUCCGCAGCAGAGGCGGUGAAGGAGGCGUGGCUGCCUUACGAGGCCGGCCAGCGCUUCCUGGAGUUUCAGUACCUGACCGGAGGCCUGAUCGAGCCCGGCACCGGAAAACGCAUUAGCAUCGAGGAGGCCAUCCGCAAAAGCUGGCUGGACGGCCUGGCGGCGCAGAAGCUUCAGGACACCCGCAACUAUCCCAAAAACCUGACCUGUCCCAAGACCAAGCUGAAGAUCUCCUACAAGGAAGCCAUGGAUAGCUGCAUGGUGGAAGAGAGCAACGGCAUGAAGAUGCUGCAGGCCUCCUCGGUCUCCUCAAAGGGACUCAGCAGCCCUUACAACGUCUCCAACCCGGGAUCUCGGUCCGGCUCCAGGUCCGGCUCCAGAAGUGGAUCUCGCAGAGGCAGCGUGGAUUAUUCAUCUACGUACACCUACAGCUUCUCAUCCAGCAGCACAAGCGGCAACUAUUAAUUUUCCAUCUUUGUGCACGGAACACCACAAACUAUAGAUUCUUAUUAACUAACCAUUUUACACUUUAACAUUUUUCCAAAGGUUUUUCUGGUAUAUAGUAGGAGAUUUUGGGACGUUUAACAAUUAAGUAUGAUUGCAUGAGUGGUUUGAUCCGGUGUUUUUUUUUUUUUUUUUUUUUAACUUAUGCUUACCAUAAUUCACUUUUGCAUAAACAAGUAUAUUCGUAAUAACUCUUUUUAAAACAGUAGAUGGCUUUUUUUUUUUUUUUUUUUUUUUUAGAGUUCAGUCUUAUGUUUUAAAUUGCUCAAUUUGUCACUUGCGAGUUUUUGAUAGUUUGUUUUUGCUUCACUCUUCAUGUGUUUUAUGCUUUUGCAGAUAAAAAAAACAAAAACAUUUAAAUGUUUUUCAUUCAAACGCUGACUUGGUUAUGUACUGAUCACUUCUGACGAAAAAAAAAUACUACUGACACUAAAUAUGACUUACAAGUGAUUAAGCAAAAUAAAGGUUUUCUUUCCA